AUGGGUUUUCAUUCAACACGGGUGUUGGUGCUGGCCGCCACUGUCCUGACCGUCGCCCUCGUCGUUUCCAGAAUCCGUCGUUUCUUAGUCCGCCGUCAGUUCGCACGUCUCCAUGGCUGCAAGCCAAUUGUUAGACGCGCCAACAAGGACCCUUUUUUCGGUCUUGACCGGAUGUACUCCUUCAUCCAGGCCGCCAGAGAACACAAGGCCCUCGAAACCGCCCGUGAACGGCAUCGUGCCCUGAACUAUACAUUUACCUCAAAGCAGUUGCUAAACAGCAGUAUUUUGACGUCAGAGCCGGAGAACAUCAAAACCGUCCUGUCGAUUAACUUCAAGCAUUAUGGCCUCGGCCACCGUCUUCAACAGUUCGAACCACUGCUAGGAAAAGGCAUUUUCGACACCGAUGGCGACCAUUGGGCCAUGUCGCGUGCCCUCAUACGGCCGAACUUCACCCGCGACCAGGUGGCAGACUUGGCGUCUUUUGAACACUUAAUCAAGGACUUUUUUGCCCUGAUUCCACGCGAUGGAUAUACUGUCGUGGAUCUGCAGAGUCUUUUCUUCCGCUAUACGAUCGAUUCCGCCACCGAGUUCCUGUUUGGACAGUCCGUCGGCAGCCUGCGAAUGACCGGGUCGGACUUGAGCUUUGCUGAAGCAUUUAACUAUUCCCAGGAAGCCAUUACGACCCGAGGAAUGCUAGGGCAAUUACAUAGGUUUUACAGCGACCCGAAGGCUGACCAAUCUGACCGCAUCUGCCGGGAGUUCGCACAGCAGUUUGUCGAUGAGGCGGUCCGCAUAGUUCAGUCUGAGGAGAAAGAGGAUAAGAAUGAAGGCUCUGAGACGAAGCGCCAAAAAUAUAUAUUCUCACAUGAACUGGCACGACGGACCUCUGACAAGCGCCGCAUCCUGGACGAGCUCAUGAACGUCCUACUUGCCGGCCGCGAUACCACUGCUAGCAUGCUGAGCAAUAUGUUUUUCAUGCUAGCUAAGCAUCCGGCGGUUUGGUCCAAGCUGCGUAGGGAAGUAGCUAGUUUAGAGGGACGCUUGCCCACCUACGAAGAGCUACGAAACCUCAAGUAUCUGAGGUGCUGCAUGAACGAAUCACUACGUUUGCAUCCAGUGGUGCCGUUAAACGAACGCAAAGCGUUGCAAGAUACUGUUCUGCCAGUGGGCGGAGGCAAGGAUGGCCUCUCGCCAGUCUUUGUCCCUAAGGGAACCUUUGUCGGCUAUAAUAUAUAUGCAAUGCACCGGCGAACAGACUUCUACGGACCCGACGCAGACCAAUUCCGUCCUGAGCGUUGGGAAAACGGACGGCUGCAACCGCGCUGGGAAUAUCUUCCAUUCAAUGGUGGCCCACGUAUCUGUGUAGGCCAGCAGUACGCGCUGACUGAAGUCGGCUACGUUACCGUCCGUAUGGCUCAGGAAUUUCAGACUUUGGAGAGUCGUGAUCCGGGGCCGUGGGAGGAAUCGCUGACUUUGACACUGUCUUCCCGAAAUGGGACGAAAGUGUGUGUCACUCCGGCUUGA